AUGUCCAAGCCAGAAGAUUUCUCUGUUGGGUGGAUUUGUGCCAUCCCCACCGAGUACGUUGCUGCCCAGGCACUGCUCGAUGAAACUUACGAAGUGAAGUUUCACCUGCCCAAUAACAACAAUGAUUACGCCUAUGGGAGAAUCGGAGACCACAACGUAGUGAUCUCAGUCCUCCCUAUUGGCGAAUAUGGAACAGCGCAAGCAUCUCGGGUGGCCGAGGGAAUGAUGAUUAGUUUCUCAAAUCUCCGAGUUGCGCUGAUGGUUGGUAUUGGCGGAGGAGCACCGAACCGGAAGCACGAUAUUCGGCUCGGUGAUAUUGUGGUCAGCUCGCCUUCUUCUGGAGAAGGCGGGGUUUACCAGUAUGACUUUGGAAAGGCCAUUCAGGGCAAAGCUUUUGAGCAAACAGGGUUUCUAAAUAUGCCACCUCCUAUAUUGCGGGCGGCGGUAGCCGGACUCAAAGCCAAAUAUGAAUUGAAUGGACAUACCUUGGAAGAGACCAUCGAGAAAGCUCUUGCGCUGAAACCACGUCUCCGCAAGAAGUACAGGCGUCCAGACCUUGCGUCCGAUCGACUGUUCCGAAGUGAAGUUGUCCAUCGAUCUAGCGAUGAGCCGUGUGAUCCAGGGUGUGGCGAUAACCAAUCCGAUCUUGUGUCACGCGAGCCACGCGACGAAAAUGAUGACAACCCGGCAAUUCACUAUGGUCUUAUUGCAUCGGGCAACUCACUCAUGAAGGAUGCCAUCAUACGCGAUCAAUUUGCAGCAAAGAAAAAUAUUCUAUGCUUUGAGAUGGAAGCAGCUGGCUUGCUCAAUCAUUUUCCUUGUCUUGUGAUCCGUGGAAUUUGCGAUUACUCCGAUUCCCAUAAGAAUAAGGAGUGGCAGGGAUAUGCAGCCAUGGUUGCCGCAGCAUAUGCCAAAGAUCUGCUGUACCGAAUCCCCUCGCAGAAGGUCAAGGAGCAGCACACUGUCGCAGACACUAUGAAGGCAGCUGAGGUCCAUAAUUACAACUUUUCUUUCGGGGACAACAAUCGUGGUGUUCAAGUCGGCUGGAAUGCAGGUUCGAUCAACGAGGGUCAAGGUCAAAGGGCAAUGCCAGCCCUGCAGCGUUUCGGAGUCGCUGAAAGGACUCGGGAGAUGUAA